AUGAAAUUUUGUACAGAUUUUGCUGGACCCUUGUCGAUAGUGUUAGGAAGACAUCGUGGUGUGCGUAGUCAGAAAGCUUACAUAUGCGUGUUUGUUUGUAUGAGUACGAAAGCUGUCCAUCUUGAGGCAGUUUCGGAUCUUUCCUCUGAAGCUUUUCUGGCAUCUUUUCGUAGGUUUGUAGCUAGGCGUGGAAGAUGUACAGAUAUGUACAGUGACCGUGGUACAAAUUUUAUCGGAGCUUAUAAUCUUCUACUAUCCUACUCUAAACAGUCUUCUGAGACAUUGUCUAUUAAAUGGCAUUUUAACCCUCCCUCUGCUCCUCAUUUUGGUGGCUUGUGGGAGAGUGCUGUUAAAUCUGUAAAGACUCAUUUGUAUCGUGUUAUAGGCUGUCAAAUUUUAACAUUUGAGGAGCUUACAACGCUGUUAGCUCAAAUCGAGGCAUUGCUCAAUUCGAGGCCGUUGUGUAGUUCUAGUCCAGAUCCAAACGAUCUUGGCAUUUUAACUCCAGGACAUUUUUUGACUCUUGAGCCACUUACAGCCCCUCCUGAUGAAAAUUUACUCGAUGUGACUCAAAACCGCUUAAAUCGUUGGCAAUUAGUUCAGCAACUUCAGCAACAUUUUUGGAAAAGAUGGCAUGUAGAGUAUCUUCAUACACUUCAGCAGAGAGCUAAAUGGAACAGCGUACAGAAUUCGCCUAGAAUUACCACAUUAGUAGUAGUAAAGGACGAAAAUCUACCCCCUUUGCGUUGGCUACUCGAUCGAAUUACUAAAUUAUAUCCAGUGGAAUUUAAUUUUGGUGUCUGCGGUACUGCCUCACAUUUAGAUAGAAAGGCGCAUGCCCCAUCCCGCGAGGGAUCAGCGGAAGUGUGA